UAAAGUUGAGCAAGAAGGGCUGGCUGAUUUGAGCUUCCUGCUUCGUUCAGGCAAGGCAAUCUUCCUCAUCCAGCUAACACAAACCUGUGCUCAGUGCAUUAUCAGACGUCAAAGAAACGCUUGAGAUCCAUCAGAGGCUGAUCCACAAUGAAGUUGUUGGCUCUUCUGUUGCUGGUCUGGGCUGCCUUCGCAAAAGCACAAACUGCAUGCGGUGUCAGCUGCAUCAGCACAGCCAAGCAAGACCUCCUGGACCUCCUGAAGAAAUGGGAAGUGGGGUCAUCCUGCCAGCCUUCCCACCCAGGCCAGCCCCAGAAGCUGCACCGGAGCUGCCAGGAAAUCAAGGCGGCAAUACCAGAGGCUGCCGAUGGACUGUAUAUCCUGACCACCGAAGAUGGUGAGAUCUACCAGACCUUCUGCGACAUGUCCACCAACGGAGGCGGCUGGACUCUAGUGGCCAGUGUCCACGAGAACAACAUCUUUGGGAAAUGCACCGUUGGCGAUCGCUGGUCCAGCCAGCAAGGUAGCAAUGCCAACUACCCCGAUGGAGAUGGAAAUUGGUCCAACAAUAACAUCUUUGGAUCAGCCGUAGGAGCCACAAGUGAUGACUACAAGAACCCAGGCUACUACGAUCUUUCAGUCCGAGAUGUCUCCAUAUGGCACGUUCCCAACAAUACCCCGAUCAAGAGAUGGAGGGACGUUUCCUUCUUGAGAUACCACACCGAGACAGGUUUCUUGGCUGGUGAAGGGGGCAACCUCCUCCGGCUCUAUGAGAAAUACCCAGUGAGAUAUGGUGCUGGCAGCUGUCCAAACAAUAACGGCCCGGCUAUUCCUGUUGUUUUUGAUGCUGGGGAUGCCCAGAAGACUUCAGAAUUGUACUCUCCCAAUGGACGGGGUGAAUUUGUCUCUGGUUUUAUCCAAUUCCGGGUGUUUAAUAACGAACAGGCAGCAAUGGCUCUCUGCUCUGGCGUUAAACUCACUCGGUGCAAUGCAGAACAUCACUGCAUCGGAGGAGGGGGCUUUUUCCCAGAAGCAAACCCCCGUCAAUGUGGUGAUUUUACAGGCUUUGACUGGGACGGCUACGGGGUUCACCGUGGAUGGAGCGCUUCCAAAACCAUGGUGGAUGCCGCCGUGUUGAUCUUCUACCGCUGAGCAGCUGAAUCAGAAGCCCGAGAUAGAGGCGCCUCUCCCGGAGCAAGAGAAAUUUAUGAUUACAGCACACCAUAUGACAGUGCUGUGCAACAAAAA